UGGAAUCUCAACGCACACGCUGGACAAGACUUCGAGACGAAUUGAAGGCGAAGACUGAAGGUGAUGGUCGUGAAGGUGGGAGCUCGGGUCAAAGUUCAUCAACAUCCGAUGGAGCAAGCUUGUCGUACGCGAGUAUCUUGAAGAAAAUAGGAGAAGGAGAAACUGCAGGGAUUCUGCCGGACUCAUUUUCUUCUACAGCUUCCGCAGAAACAAGUAGAACAACUACAAUAAAGAGCAGUAAGAACCAAGAUCCAGCCAUCGCUAUAUUGCAAAGUCGUAGUGCAGCAGCAGCUUCACCUUUAGCUGUCCCUGACCGUGUGGAAGAUAGACUGUCUGAAGAUUUGCACCAACUCGGACAGGCGGCUUCUUCUGGAUCGUUCUUGGCUUAGCUCAAGUAGUACAAGUUGUACUUACUCCUUAGUUGUACUAGUACAAGGUGUACCUCUACCUCUACGCCUUAAUACUACUUAGUACUACAACAAGGUGUACUUCUACGCGGCCCCCUUAUAAUGUAGUAGUUGUAGUUAUCCGCGACGAUGAUAGAAAUCACUCCUUCAAUCCUUGAAGCGGUUUUUGGCGUUUUUGCUUCCCCUGACGUGAAAAACAAGGCAGACGCUUUGAAGAAAAUCACUGAACUACCUAUUGCGGUUAUUGGUCCUAGGGGAUGGGGUGAUGAGAAGGUCGUGGAUGUUGUAGAAGAAGGGAGAGUCGGGACCACUCUAGGUCCAGUUGCAGGUGCACCAGAAGUUGUUGUAGACUCUGACGCUGUCGGACAAGAAGCACAAGGAGGGUCCUCGUCUGCAACUACUACGACUGGAGGAGCCGAAGCGACCACGACUGGAGGAGAGGAAGGAACAGAUCCAGGUACUCCUUCUCCUUCAGACCAACAAGUACAGCAAGCAGACUCUAUUUCUAUACCACCAUCAAGACCAACACCCGAUGAUCGAAGAACACCAGUUGUUGUAGACUCUGACGCUGCUGGACUUGAUGAUCGAACACCAGGUCCAGAUCAACAAGAAACGCUGGUAAGAAUAGAUCACAUCACGGAAAAGGAAGCGGAUGCGCUUUUUGGAGGUGGUUUUAGUGCCUUCGAAAACGCAUGUAGUGGAGGUCUUUUACCUCCCAAGCUGGACGUAGGAGGAGCACCUUCUGGGAAGAUACUAGUAGAGUCCAAGAAAUUUCCUUCCAUCCUAGUUUUCGCAGAUAAAAAACAAGCUGUCGACUCCAACUCCGCCAAUUCCGGCUUUGGCUCGUCUGCUGGGUCUGCUGUUCAAGAUCAAUAUGGUACUCAAUCCCAGAAGGGUCCACAACAUCUAUCUGCCGGUUGUCAGCUACUAAAACGAGGUAUGUGGGAGUAUCUAAGACGCGCUUACGAUAAAGACGGAGGUGGAGCAACUGGAGGAGCAAGUGCGUUUUCAGAUGCAGCGCCGUCCAGUGUUGAGCCUUUCUUGCCCGAUGUUAGCGCUGCUACAAAUGUCGACGCAACCGGUGAGACAGCUGCUCCAGCUGCGACUCUACAUGGUAAAAAGAAUGGUGACCUCAGUCGUCUUUACAAUCCCACAAAUGACGAUGCUGACGAGCACUAUUAUCGCCCACUCCGCAUUCCUCGAGCAUUCAAUGACGUCUGUCAGCGGCAAGCAGAGCUCUUGCAGAAACGUUGCGAAAUGGGAUACAAAAAACGAGCGUUACAAUUUGCAGCGGCUAAAGCGAAAGGUCGUGAAGAUCAUGGUGAUCAUGGUAUUAAGCCUGAGAGUCACAAUAAUGGAGGUACAUCAACAAGGAAACACGAAAGACAUUUACCACCGAAUGCCACUGUCGAAGAAUGGAGAAAAGCUCAUGGCAUUCCUGAGAAGAGCAGCGUAGUCAUACGGUGUAUUCCUCUAGACAAAUGGGAUCCUAGUAAACCACAAAUGAUACAGACAAUAGCGGAGUUGCCUGGGAAGCAGUUUCAAGUACCUGACAGUUCUUUUCGAGAGUUUUUGGGCAGAUGAUAGAUUUAUUUGUAGAUGAAGCUCGCUGUUAAAG